AACGACCAUUACCUACCACAUAUGAACAAGAGCUACACAAAUCCUUGUUAUAAAGUCCUACAAUUAUACCCGAAUUCCAUCAGUUUUAAUUUCUUUGCAUCAUCUAAACUGUAAUAAUCAUGAUCAACUCGGCGGAUGAAGCCCCAGAAGUUAGUUUCACAGGCACAGGUUACACAACUCAAUAUGGACAACGUUGGAGACCAUCAGAAAUGAAGAAAACGAAAAGGAGAUUCAGUCCGUGGUGGACUAGUUUCUGGGUUCGGGGUUCAUGGUGGGAUUCCAUAUUUGUAGCCUCGUGUGUUAUCGCAGUCUCACUGGAUCCACUCUUCUUUUACAUUCCUAUCAUCGAUAGGGAAAGGAAGUGCCUUCAAGCAGACAUACAAUUGAGAACUGCAACUAUCAUUUUGCGAUCACUCAUGGAUAUCACUUUUAUAGUGCAUAUUAUCUAUCAGAUUCGUGAAGCUAUGAUCGCUGCAGCCUCGGAUAAGAUGGCGACGCAGGAAGAAUCGAAAUUUUUCUAUAUUUUUGAAUAUUUUGAUGCUGUAAUUGACAAUUUGUCAUGGCGCUCUUUCAUCACUGACAUUCUGUCUGUUCUUCCUAUCCCACAGGUGCUACUACUUAUUGUCUUCUUCAAAAUGAGAGGCCCUGGAUAUUUGGACCAGAGAAAGAUUCUGAAUUUCUUUCUUCUAGCUCAAUAUUUGGCAAGAAUUUAUCGUAUUCACGUAUCAUCCAAAAUACUUAGAAAGAGCCAUGGAAUAUGGAUUAAAGGACUAUUCAAUUUCUUUCUCUAUAUUUUUGCAAGUCAUGUACUUGGAGCCUUUUGGUAUUUCUUUUCGAUUCAACGAGAGACAUCAUGUUGGCAUCGAAAAUGCGGUGACAAUUGUAUAAGUAACUUUUAUUGUGAUGACUACAAAAAUUCCACAGAUAUGGUGACACUCGUAACACAGCUAAAUGCAUCAUGCCCUAUAAUUGCCGAUGGACCAUUUGAUUUCGGAAUAUUUCUUGAUUCCCUAAAGUCCAAUAACACAGUAUCAACUAACUUUUCACAAAAGUUAUGUUACUGUUUCUGGUGGGGUUUGCGAAAUUUGAGUAAUUUUGGCACGAACCUUGUAACAAGUGACUACGUAUGGGAGAAUUUAUUCGCAAUUCUUAUUUCUAUCAUUGGCUUGUUACUAUUUUUGUACCUCAUAGGAAAUGUGCAGACAUUUAUGUCUAUGGAAACUGAAAAGUCAGAGGAGAUAAGAAGGAAGAUCAAAUCAAAAGAGCAAGAUAUGAAAGUGUGGAUGGAGAAGAAUUGCCUCCCUGAGAAUUUGAGGAAAGAAAUCAUGGUAAAGAUAAGAGAAAAAUUAGAACAAGACAAGCACGCCGACGUGGAGAAUCUGUUCUCCAUUCUUCCCUGGGCAACCAAAAAAUCGCUCAAGCGUGUUCUCUGCAUGAGUACUCUAAGAAAAGUACCAAUACUUAAAGGUAUGAAUCCAAAGGUGUUGAAAAUGAUAUGCGACUAUCUAAAGCCUGUGAUAUACCCUGAGAAUAGCUAUGUUGCCAAGGUGGAUGAACCAGUUGAUCGAAUGGUGCUCGUCACAGAAGGAACUAUGUGGAUCUACUCGUCGAAUAGUACUGGUACUUCUGCAUCUAAUAAGAUUCACAGGACGGUUGAGAACGGUGGUAUUUAUGGAGAUGAACAGCUUUUGAGUUGGGUGUCGAAGAACAUGCAACACGUCUCGCUUGCAACCAUCCCGAUCUCAACAGAAAAUGUGAAAUGUCACACGAGAGUGGAAGGGUUUGCUAUCACGGCCACGGACUUGAAAGCAGUUGCCACCAAGUGCAAAAUGUACUGGAACUACGACGAUCCUCGAGAGAAACAGAGGGUGGCGAGCUCUACCAUAGGAAUGUCGUUUCGUCGAAACCGCAGUAACCCGAAUAGGCCGGCUACCGUUGGAGUAGGAGCUGCGACCUCGCCAAGAACACGAAUUGAGUAUCUGCAGAAGAGAACCUAA